AUGCCCACCAGCAACAAGGUCGCCCUCAUUACUGGAUGCUCCGAGCCCGCCAGCCUCGGCGCCGCACUCGCGAUCGAGUUCAAGCGCCGUGGGUAUCGCGUUUAUGCGACUGCGCGCAAUAUUAAGACGAUGGGCAAUCUUCAGGCCGAAGGGUGUGACCUGUUGACCCUCGACGUUGUCUCACCCACCUCGAUCCAGGAAGCCAUCAGUGCUGUGACGACCGACGCAGGUCGUCUGGACCUCCUCGUCAACAAUGCAAGUCCCUCGUCGGGAUAG